CCACGAUGUUUACGUUGAACCUUUGGUUAUGUUUGGUCCUAGGAUAUCUGCUGGGUGUUGUGUUUGAGACAGGUUGCGUUAGUACCGAGACUAACCAAAUUUGUAGAGAGGGGAGUCUGUACAGGACUAUAGACGGGAGCUGUAACAACUUGCUGAAGCCGUGGCUCGGCAUGGCCGGCUCCGUGUUCAGACGGAUCCUACCGGCGCAGUACGAGGGCGGCGACGGACGCACCCCGAGGUUAACGGGGAGGAGGGGGGCACGGUUGCCCAGCCCACGCCUGGUGAGUACUGCCGUGCACGUGUCGGAGAACCACACCGACACAACGGCGACCGCGAUGCUCAUGCAGUGGGCGCAGUUCCUUGACCACGAUCUGACCAGCACACCCAAGUCGGUGAUGGAGGGCAAGUGUUGUUCGCACGAGAUGGUCAGAGGUGGUCAGCAACACCCUGAUGUCUACACAGGAGGUCCGUGUUUCCCCAUCAUCAUACAGCACGACGACCGUUAUUUCAAUACCUCGGACACCAGGUGCAUGGAGUUUACCAGAUCUGAUGCGAGGACAGACGCCAACAACACCAGACAACAGUACAACAACAACACCGCCUGGCUCGACGCCUCGCACGUGUACGGCAGCAGUCAGGAACUGGCCGCAAGUCUCAGGUCUUUCAAGGACGGCAAACUCAAGGUCAUCGUCCGGAACGGUGAGGAGUUUUUACCGGAGCUGGAGGACCCCGACUCCUGCUUUAAGCUGAAUCACGGGGACUACUGCUUCAAGGCUGGGGACAGCAGGGUCAACGUGUACCCCGGCUUGUCGCUGCUGCACACCGUAUUCCUCCGCUAUCACAACAAAAUGGCCGAUAGGUUAAAGGUCACCCGUCCAGACUGGGACGACGAAAAGCUGUACCAAGAAACACGCCGUAUCGUCAUAGCAGUCAUCCAGCGGGUCACGUACGGCGAGUUUAUCCAGCACAUUUUAGGCGAGCAGGCGUACACACUCCUGCACGGGCAUCACGUGUACGACCCCAAUAUCGACCCCACACUCUCUAACGUCUUCUCGACCGCGGCUUACAGGUUCGGUCACUCCCUAGUACCAGACGGUCUGACGAUCAGCGGUCAGUACGUGCCCACGGCGUCAUUACUUCUGAGACCCAGUUACGUGCUGAGCUCCUUCAAGCAGCUCACGGAAGCGCUUCUGUCCGAGCCGUGUCAGAAGCCUGACCGCUACUACAGCCAGGAGAUGACCGAUAAGAUGUUUGAAAAACCCGACAAACCCCGGACAGGGUUCGACAUCGUCGCCCUCAACGUACAGAGAGGACGUGACCACGGUCUGCCGGGAUACAACGACUGGCGGGAGUUUUACGGGCUGGCGAGAAAAACGUUUCAAACUCUGGACUCUGGUCGGGCCAAGUUCAAGCAAGUGUACGACUCAGCGGAGGACAUUGACCUCUACAGCGGCGCUAUCAGUGAGGCGCCAGUCAGAGGCGGAGCGGUGGGGGAACUGUAUUCUAGAAUUCUCAGUGAACAAUUCACCAGGCUCAAAUAUGGAGACCGGUUCUGGUUCGAGAACGUUAAUGACGUCACUUCCUUCACUCCCCAGCAGGUGGCGGAGAUUUCAAAGAUUAGUUUAGCUAAGGUAAUCUGUGAGACUGUACCCGGGAUAGGCGGGGUGCAGAGGAAUCCCUUCAGGCCUAUUGGCAGUGAGAACCCUCGAGUGGCCUGUGGUUUUCUACCGGACAUAAACGUCGAGAUACUCUGUGCCACGCCAUCUCCGAUCUACCACAAAUGACAACAACGUUUAGGAAAGGGAUGAAAUUAAUUAUAAAAAAUAUUCAUUUAUUUCACACACAUUAUCUGGUUUAUGGAACCGAAAUACUUUAACUAUAAUAAACAUAAAUUAUGUUAUAUAUAAUUUUUUAACCGUCAAAUUGGGUAAAAAAAAGUACAACCGAAGUCCUAACAUGCAAAUAAUGCAUAUAAAACAUUUCUUAUUCCCCAGAGCGGGCAAGAAUCUGAUGGA